AUGGACAGCCAUCAUCCAUCUCUCUCCAGACGAGUGACUAGCCUAGUUGUAUUUCUCACCGGGAUUGGACUCGCUAGGUGCCUUUCAGGAGGCAGUUCUAAUCAGCGGCUCUGGUUUAAUCAAAAUGCGAUCGACAGUUUUAGUGCGCACAAGAUCACACCUCUUCUGUCAUCGUACAAUGCUUUCCACAACUUGUUGAACAAUGGCACGAUAUGUCGCAUGGACCGAUCGCGGCCACCUGAUCUUGAAGAGCUUGUCGGUUGUCGAAAUUCAUCGAUGUUCCACGUGUGGAGGCCUAAAGCUCGCGUCAUUGCUCCCAGAGGCUGGAUGAAUGACCCGAUGGGAAUGUUCGAAACAAGAAAUGGGAACUUUCACGUUGGCUAUCAAUGUAGCCCCCAACACCUGGGCUGGGCCAACAUUUCACAAUGCUCAGCUUCGACAAGUGAUUUCGUGGAAUUCAAUGAUUAUCGAAGUUGGGAAGACCCCGUAACUAUUAGCCCAUCCCAGAUAUAUGACAUUCGAGGUGUGUUUGACGGCGUUGUAAUAAAGGACGGGUGGAAUGGCCAUCCGACUCUCCUAUAUACCUCCGCCUACGUUGGCGAGUUUGCCCCUCAAUGUGAGCCACCUGAAGUCGAAGGUGUCGAGACUCAGAGUAUUGCUUAUACGGAAGACGAUGGUAAUAGCUGGACUAAGUUGAAUUUCGGAGCGAAUGGUAACCCGGUAAUUUACUACUGGCCCGAGAAAAACCUAUCUGGCUUUAGGGAUCCAUUUGUGUUUGAAUCACAGGCGUUCUCGAAUUUCUACGAUAAACAUUCAAAUACUUAUCAACUUGAUCAAGGUUCUAACGACAGGAAACCAAAAGGGAACAAGUAUUUGCUUCUCAGUGGAGGCAUUCGCGUAAAAGCAGAUGCAAUCAACGGGGGACCUAGGGUAUUCCUUUACAGGCAAACCAAAGAAAACGACCUUCGUGACUGGACUUACCUGGGCCCCAUCCUAUCUUUCGCGGCCGAAUAUAAUCAGACUAGUGAAUGGACCGGCGGGAAUGGUAUUAACUUCGAGGCGACUGGAUUCAGUACAAUUGAUGAAAACGGUUUAGCUUCGGAUCCCGGCUCAUCGAGCUCCACAAACCAGUUAAACAUCUUCACAGCUGGAACCGAGGGCGCACGCAAUCUUACACACAUGGAUUACUGGCCGGUUUGGCAUGCGGUUGGCUGGACUUAUAGUGUCACUGACGGCCAGGUGAGAGGGAAGGUCAAUUUUUCGGGAGUUGUUGAUUGGGGGCGAGCAUAUGCAUUUGCCCAGUUUCCUGCAGGGAAUCGUCAAUUAAUCGUGGGAUGGGUAUACGAAGACGACGAGUUUAAUGUGUUGACUCACCAAAGAGGGGCCCAAGGAGCUUUUACAUUGUUCAGGGAGAUCUUUGUGAAAGUUGUUCACAACAUCCAUCCCGGUGCGCUGAAAGAUCCCGAGCGCGCCCCCAGCUGGACUACAAAAACAGAAGAAGACGGUAGUCACUCCCUUAUCACCCUUGGUCAAAGGAUAUUGCCUGCAAUCAAGGCUGCAUUCCAUGACCGCUCGGAGGUCACGAGGCUAAAAGAUCGCAGCUUGAAUAUCACUUCUACUACUAGCGCCCAAAGCCAAGAGGGACUCCUCACCAACCUCGUGGCAUUUGAAAAGCAACCCAAAGACCGGUACUAUGUCGUCAGCGCUCAGCUCAAUUUUUUCCCCGAGCAGAUUAUCCCGGUGGAUAAGCCUUUCAAACAACCCUCGGCCUUGCGCGGGGGAUUCAGGAUAUUAUCUAGCAAGUUUGAAUGGACAGAUGUUUACUAUGAUCCUAACCAAGAGUACUUGGUCAUUGACCGAUCUCAUAGCUCAUCAAUCCCAUCUUAUGGAAACUCGACCGAGCAAGCCAAACAUCGGCUUUGGCCUAUCAUGGACCCUAUCACCAAAAAAAACAACUACGAAUCCUUAAACCUAACUAUUGUGGUGGACAAUAGCGUUCUAGAGGUUCAUGCAAAUGAACGCACAAUUGUCACAACCCGGGUGUACCCUUGGUGCAAAGAUUCAGUGAAUGUUGAAUUUUUUGUCCAAGGCUCAGUGGAAGCUGCAAAGCGCGUGACUCCGGAUUCAGAUUCUCACCAUUUGGAUCCUGCGCUCGAGGCAGAGUUUGAAUCCCAUUCCAAAUCAGUGCAAUUCUCCCAAGUUGAAUUGUGGGAUGGCUUAGUAAACGCCUGGCCCAAUCGCCCUCAUGACACUAGCCUUCCCGGUGUUUACAGUCACAACAUUACCAGUACAAUUUACGGGUUAUGGCCCGAUCUUUGA